CCGCCAAGCGUCUAACUCGAAAUCCUAAUCCGGUUAUAUAAAAUGUCCAUCCAAUCCGCACCACACCACACGACAAAAUUCUCCUCGCGGCAACAUCAUGAUCAUCAUCGUAGACCUGCUUCUGAUGCUCAUCGACCUGACCUACGCCAUCCUGGCCGCAGUUGUCCAGACUUUUCUGCGCCCGAGGCUGAAGUGCAUAGACGGGGAGCUGUGCCUGAUCACCGGGGCCGGGGGCGCCCUGGGCCGCCUGUUCGCCCUGGAGUUCGCCAAGGAGGGCGCCCGUCUGGUUUUAUGGGACUGCAACGCGGCUGCCAAUGAACGCACCGCCCAGCUGGCCCGGGAUCUUGGCGUCAAGGUGCACGCCUACACGGUGGAUCUGUCGCGGCGGGAGAGCAUCUACGAGGCGGCGGGGCGAGUGAGGACGGAGGUCGGGGACGUGUCCAUGUUGGUCAACAACGCGGGCGUUGUGGCUGGCAGGAGGCUGCUGGAAUGCCCCGAUGAGCUUCUGGAGCGCACCCUACUCGUCAACUGCCACGCUUUGUUCUGGAUGACCAAGGCCUUCCUGCCUCAGAUGAAGGCAAAGAACCACGGUCACAUCGUAACCGUUGCAAGUGCUCUUGGCCUCUUCAGCACUGCAUGUGUGGAAGAUUACUGUGCCAGUAAAUUUGGGGCAGUCGGUUUCCACGAGUCACUGACCCACGAGUUGUUAGCAGAAGAGCUGGAUGGAAUUAAAACCACGCUAAUUUGCCCUUACAUUGUGGACACGGGGAUGUUUGCAGGCUGCGAAAUAAGGAAGGAGCUUCGCAGUCUAAUCCCACCAUUGGAGCCUCUGUACACCGUUCAGCAGUCCAUGACAGCCAUUUUGGCAGAACAGCAAAUGAUUUGCAUCCCUCGCCUUAUGUACAUCCCGUUUUUGACACGAGCUUUAUUACCAUGGGAUGCAAAUCUUGCCACAUAUCGCUUCAUGGGAGGAGACAAAUGUAUGCUGCCCUUCAUCAAGAACGUUGAACAGAGGACAUGUAAUGGCCAUAUAAAAUCAUCAUGAGACUCCCGUCGUUGCUUCUACAAUAUUU